AUGGCGGCAUCAUUGUUUGCCCUACGCGGCAGCCGCCAGCUUGCUCUGCGGUCGCGGGUUCGCGUGCCCACAAUCGCCCGAGCUUCAUUGUCACCAUUGAACCCUAGGAGAGCAUUACACACCUCGCAGCCCACGACCCGUCGUGGUGUCUAUACUAGCUCCAUCACCGAUCAUGGAGAUCCCCACCCCCAGGAUAUCUUCCAGCCUCUCGAUACCUUCCCCCGCCGCCACAUUGGCCCCUCCCCGGACGCCGCGGCACAGAUGCUCGCUGUGCUCGACCCGCCGGUAUCAUCUCUGGAUGACUUCGUGAAGCAGGUCCUGCCCGAGGACAUUCUCUCCAAGAAGGACCUCAAGGUCUCCGAGCCCCACGCCGAUAUCAGCCUGUACCGCUCUAGCGUGCAGGGUGGUUUGGGUGAAACCGAUAUGCUCAAGCUGCUGGACACCUACCGGAAGGAGAUUGACAUCUCCGGCAAGACCUACAUUGGAACCGGCUACUACCCCACCAUUGUGCCCCCCGUCAUCCAGCGCAAUGUUCUCGAGAACCCUGCCUGGUACACCAGCUACACACCCUACCAACCCGAGAUCAGCCAGGGACGUUUGGAGUCUCUGCUAAACUUCCAGACCCUUACUGCUGAUCUGACUGGUAUGCCCUUCGCCAAUGCCUCCGUUUUGGACGAAGCCACCGCCGGUGCCGAGGCCAUGACCAUGUCUUUUGCCACAAUGCCCGUUUCCAAGCAGAAGAAGGCCGACAAGUCCUUCGUUGUGUCUCACCUCUGCCACCCCCAGACUAUUGCAGUGAUGCGGUCUCGCGCCGAGGGAUUCGGAAUCAACCUCGUCAUCGGAGAUAUCUUGGCCGACGACUUCAAGAUCGUCAAGGACCAGAAGGACCACCUGAUCGGUGUCCUUGCCCAGUACCCCGAUACCGAGGGAGGUAUCUACGACUUCCAGGCUCUGGGUGACUCCAUCCACGGCCAGGGCGGUACUUUCAGCGUGGCCACUGACCUGUUGGCUUUGACCGUGCUGAAGGCCCCCGGUGAGUUUGGCGCUGAUAUUGCCUUUGGAAGUGCCCAGCGUCUGGGUGUUCCUAUGGGCUUCGGUGGCCCCCACGCCGCCUUCUUCGCUUGUGCCGAUAAGUACAAGCGCAAGGUCCCUGGUCGUGUCGUUGGUGUGUCCAAGGACCGCCUCGGUAACCGGGCUCUGCGUCUGGCUCUGCAGACUCGCGAGCAACACAUUCGCCGCGAGAAGGCUACUAGCAACAUUUGCACUGCUCAGGCUUUGCUUGCUAACAUGACUGCCAUGUAUGCUGUCUACCACGGCCCUGUUGGCCUCAAGUCCAUUGCCCAGCGUAUCAUGUCCAUGACGUCACUGCUCCGCGAGAAGCUUGUCGGCCUGGGCUAUGAUGUUCCCCUCCGCUCGAACAGCGCUGAUGGCGGCGCUGUAUUUGACACUCUGGCCAUCGAGCUGCCCACUGCUGCCGAGGCUGAUGCCUUGAUGGCCGAAGCUCGCGCUGCCUCUGUCUUCCUCCGUCGCCUGGGGGAAACAAGGUUGACCGUUGGCCGGGAUGAGGUCAAGGGCAUUUUGAAUGUCUUUGCCGCUCACAAGUCUGCCUCUCCAGUCGAGGUUGAUGGCACUCUUGGUCUCACAACCAUCCCCGCCACUCUUGAGCGUACCUCCUCUUACCUGACCCACCCGGUCUUCAACACUUACCACUCCGAGACUGAGAUGCUCCGGUACAUCCACCACCUUGAGUCGAAGGAUCUUUCCUUGGCCCACUCUAUGAUUCCCCUCGGAUCUUGCACCAUGAAGCUCAACGCUACCACGGAAAUGAUCCCUGUCUCCUGGCCUGAGUUCUCCCAGAUCCACCCCUUCAUGCCUGCUGAGCAAGCCAAGGGCUACACAAAGAUGAUCGACGAUCUGGAGCAGCAGCUGGCCGAUAUCACUGGCAUGGCCGAGGUUACUGUGCAGCCCAACUCGGGUGCCCAGGGUGAGUUCGCUGGUCUCCGUGUUAUCAAGAAGUACUUCGAGGCCAAGGGUGAUGCCAAGCGCAACCUGUGCUUGAUCCCUGUCUCUGCUCACGGUACCAACCCCGCUAGUGCCGCCAUGGCUGGUAUGCGCGUGGUGACCGUCAAGUGCGACAUGAAGACGGGUAACCUCGAUCUUGAGGACCUUAAGGCUAAGUGUGAGAAACACAAGGACGAGUUGGCCGCUUUCAUGAUCACUUACCCCAGCACCUUCGGUGUGUUCGAGCCCGGUGCCAAGGAGGCCUGCCGCCUGGUACACCAGCACGGUGGUCAGGUCUACAUGGACGGUGCCAACAUGAACGCCCAGAUCGGUCUUUGCUCUCCUGGUGAGAUCGGUGCCGACGUGUGCCACCUGAACCUUCACAAGACCUUCUGCAUUCCCCACGGUGGUGGUGGCCCCGGCGUCGGACCCAUUGGCGUCGGCGAGCACCUGCGUCCCUUCCUGCCCUCGCACCCUACCAGCGAGUACUUGCAGUCCAAGCGUGGUGACACCUCCUCCCCUCCCAUCUCCGCUGCUCCCUGGGGUAGUGCCAGCAUCUUGCCCAUCACCUUCAACUACAUCAACAUGAUGGGCGACCGCGGUCUGACCCACGCCACUAAGAUCACCCUGCUCAACGCCAACUACAUCCUCUCCCGCCUCAAGCCCUACUACUCGAUCCUAUACACCAACGACCACGGCCGCUGCGCACACGAGUUCAUCCUCGACGUGCGCGCCUUCAAGGACACCUGCGGUGUCGAGGCCAUCGAUAUCGCCAAGCGUCUCCAGGACUACGGCUUCCACGCGCCGACCAUGUCCUGGCCCGUCGCUAACACCCUCAUGAUCGAGCCCACCGAGUCCGAGAACAAGGCCGAGCUAGACCGCUUCUGCGAUGCCUUGAUCUCCAUCCGCCAGGAGAUCAGCGAGGUCGAGUCUGGUUCCCAGCCCCGUGAGGGUAACGUGCUGAAGUUGUCCCCGCACACUCAGCGUGACCUGCUCAUCUCUGAGUGGGACCGCCCUUACACUCGUGAGCAGGCUGCUUACCCGUUGCCUUUACUUUUGGAGAAGAAGUUCUGGCCUACCGUGACUCGUGUCGAUGAUGCCUUUGGUGACCAGAACUUGUUCUGCACUUGCGGGCCUGUCGAGGACAGCGAAUAG